ACAUCGAAGCAGGCUUUACGCAACCUCCGUGCGAAACAAAAAAGGUUCAAGUCAACAGUUUGUAAUAGCGACUGAUAACCCGCGUGAUGUAUAACAACCUCGCUCACUUUCUUGACAGCCUCCAAGAUGGAACAGGCAAGUGCUCCGAUCCUCAUCUUUCGAACGAUUUUCAUCACAGUAGACGUCUUCUCGACGGUAUUGGGCAACAUGAUGUCCGUGAUAAUCAUCCACAGAUCCCAUGGGUUCUCAGAAAGUACCAAAGUCCUCAUGACCUCCCUCUGUACGGCAGAUUUAGGGGUUGGGCUUACCCUCGCUACCUCCAUCAUCUCAUCAGGGUUGGAUAGGUGGAUUUUUGGCGAAGCCUGGUGUAAAAUCACAGCCGGGUUACUGGCUCUUUGCUUGAGUAUGUCAGUGAUUUCCCUAUUAGGGGUAAGCGUGGACCGCCUGGUUGCGAUACGCUGGCCGCUGAGACACCCAGCCUUGAUAACGGAGCGAAGAGUUCAAGUGACAUGCGUCGCGUUGUGGGUAAUCAGCGUAGCAUUUGCCGCUGGGAUUGUUCUGGUGGCGAACGAAGAUACAAAUAUCUAUUUACCAGUGGCGACAGUAUGCUUUAUGGGUUAUACACAAGAUACCGCAUUCGUUGGAAUGGAGAUAUUUUACACAUUGGUGCUAUGUGUGGUUCCAUUGGGUACAAUUGUGACGAUUUAUACCACACUGCUACACAUCAGCACCAAGCACCAACGGCGAUUGCGUAAUCUCAACCUCCCACGGGACCACCGAGAUGAAAGUGCCGGCCAGGAACCCACAAGUUCGGGUAGUAGAGUCACCACUGCUACCACAGAGAGCAGCAGAGACGGAGGUGCCACUUCGAUGAGGAAAACCAUCACCAAGAACAGAAAAGCCCUCAAAAUGUUCCUGGUUGUUACCCUCGGUUUCUCACUGUGCUGGAUGCCUCACUUUGUCGUGAGACUUUACGGUACCUCAACUGGAGGAGAUAUACCCCGUUGGUUGAAGUUCGUAUACGUGUGGUUACCAAUGUCUAAUAGUUUCUGGAAUGUCAUUAUCUACACCUUGAUGAAUGGUUCCUUUAGGAUGGAGAUGUUGAAGUUACUACGAAAAGUUGGGUGCUGUGGUGGGCAACGGGUGAUACCUCAAACCGAGGAGCUAUAAAGCUCAUAAUGCUCAAACUAUCAAGUCUACGGCCGCCGUACAACCGGAGUACAACAAUACUGCUAUAGACCGUUAUCACGGUGCAGCCAUGUUGAAUUAUCCCAUUGAUAUCAAUGUUACCAAACCGAGGCUGAAUGAAUAACUAGUCUGGUUCCUAAUUGCACGGUGAUUAUUAGCCUGUAUUAUUAUUAUUCGAUACGAAGAACAUGACAAAGACGGAGACAGCAUGAUAAAGUUCUGUGGACAAACCAAGCUUGCCACAAACCCCUCGGAUGUCACCCGCCCAGAGCAGAUGGUGCCGUCAUUGCCGAUGUCGGGCAAACAAUCAUGUUCAGCAGGAUGGGUUUGAUGUAAGUCCAGCCUGUGAGUGUGGAGCUGGGGCCGAUUUCACAAAGCAAUAAAAUUCAUCGCAAGACAAAUUUUCAGUAUCACCAUAGAGAUUUGUAU